AUGAGCACCAACGCACAGUUAGAUACAAACGGUCCCAAAUCGAGACCAAGCCCUACACAAAUAAAGUCACCACACAACUCCCGAAUGCCAUCUUCUUCACCGCCAGCUCCAAUGUCAACACUAGCUUCGGAAACAUCCUACAACACUGGUCUGCAACGACCGUCACGCAGGGUUGCUAGACGUGCAUGUUUAUCAUGUCGCGAAAAAAAGAUCAAAUGUGAUGGUGAACCUGUUUGUGCCAUAUCUUCAGCUGAUGGGGUCAACAAAGUGGUUCCAGAAAAGACAAGAAUCUGUUCAAAUUGUAAAUUUUUGGGAAUUGAAUGCGUCUUUGUCCAGAGUAAUCGUGGAGGAAGGAGAAAGAGAAGAGAUGUAAAUGAUUCAGUAAGUCAGACUGGUAGUGCAACUUCCACAGCUCAGCUCAAGAAGAUACGAACAGAUAGCUCUAAUACAGGAACAUUCACAAACGAGAAUGACAUUCAAGAUACCACCAACGGAGUCACUACAAACGAAGACGAAAGUGUUCAAAGUUCAACUGCACGUGUCAGCUCAUUUAUCUUAGGAGGUAAGGACAAACCAAGUGUACCUAUACCAGGAUCAAUUCCAUCAAACCUCCCCACUCCUUUAGAUAGAAUGCCUCCUCCAAUGUCUUCCACUAGUGAGAGUCAAAACAUCAGAAGUGAACAUGUACGUACAUUUAGUAAGGCACCAUACCCUGAAUUUGAUGACAUGGUGCGAAGUGAUACUACCAGAUCUAACUCCUAUGAUUUCCCCCGAUUCCCGUUUGCGUCAAGACCUGGUGGUGGAAGAAGAUAUGAGGAUAUUGAUCGCCCGGAUGAAACAGAAACUGAAUCGUCAUUCAGAUUAUCGAGUGUGCCACCACCAAAGGGACCUCGCGAUGGUCGUGGUACACCAUCACCUCGUGGUUUUGGACGUGGACUUCACCGUAGAGGACCACCACCACCACACCAUCAUCAUCAUCAUAUGGAAGAUUAUUAUUCACUUCCUCCACCACCACCUCCUCCUCCAUUUGGAUUUCAUCAUGGGCCUCCACCACCAUUUCCCCCUCCAUUCCCACCCCCACCUCCUCCACCUCCGGGUCACUUUCCUCACUUCCACCCCCAUUUCCCACCACCACCUCCGCCUCCUCAUUUUCAUCACCAUUAUAAAAUGCAUAAACAUCACCCUCAUCAUCAUCGUCGUCGUUUCUAUGAUCAUCACUAUGAAGAGGGUGAUUCCGCAGAAGAGCGGUGUUCAUCAAAACCGCGUGAUCGUCGCAAAAAUGAAAGAGAUUCAUAUAGCGAGAGUUCACAUGCUAGGUCGAAAAGGCGUAGCAGUAUCUCAAGCUCAUGUUCGACGCUGUCAUCAGAAAGUGACCGUAAAGGAACAAAUCUGUCAUCAGCUUCAAAGUUUCCUCCCAGAGAGGAAAACUAUGCUGCACUGGUUGAUGAAUAUAAGCCAGUAACUCUGCAGAAAAGCGAAAGUAUUGUUGCUACUCCUCGUCAGGUUGUGACCAAAGUAUCCAAGCAACCAUUUUCCGAUUCCGAUUUAGCUGGAUACGAUCUUCCUAAAUGGGAAACUCUUGAUAAGGUAUUGACAUCGUAUUACAUUUACAACCAACCUAAUCACCAAUUAUUCCCAGGGAAGUCUAUUUUGCUAAAGAAUUUGUCACUAAAUAUGGACAGUUCGGUAUUGCAUGCAAUAAUUGCCACAAUAUGUAUUACUGCAACUAGACAAGAUCCAAGCCUACCAAUCAGUAAUGAUGAAAACUACUGGAUCAACAAAGUCUAUAAAUUCUGGGAUACCCUAAAUGGCAUUGGAAUAAUGAUUUGCUACAAAUUGAUUCCCAAGUGUACUUCAUUCAGAUAUGAUAUGAGCAAGAUUAAUCAAGUCAAUGCCACGAUUCUUGACACCAUUCAAGAGAACAACUAUGUGGAAAUUUACAGUCAAAAAAGAUUUGAAUUCCAGCAAUCAGAAGGUAAAAAAAGUCGAUUACCCCAGAAGAACCCAAUGUUUGGUACUCUGAGACAAAUUUAUGAACGUGAAAUUGUUCUUCGAUUGAUUUGGAGUUUUUAUAUACAUCAUAUUAUCCUUUUAAGGUUUAAUCAGGGCCGGCCAUACUACAAAUUGUCCAUGAUUGUUGAUGAUUUCAAAUUUGAUUAUGAAAGGGAUCAUUAUUCGAAUAAUAUUUUGCUCCCAUUGAAUGAUUACGAUUUCAUGACGUUGAAAUUGGUUAACAAUAGACCAAACUGGAAACAAUUGUAUGAGAAGAGUUACGUUCCAUCCGAUUCGUCAAGUUUGAUAUUGGCAAGCAAGAUUUUUGAGGGUUUAUUGAGUAAAUUAUCCAAUGAUGAAUUGAAUUUUGAUAACUUGAUUAGUUCUAAUGAGUUUAAUUUUGAUUUCACAAACAAGAUCAAAACUCAACAUAUUUCAAUCAAAAAGGAUAAGAAAUUGAUUGUGGUUAAUGUUAGUUAUUGGUUUGCCAAUAUGAUUCUUCGAGUUUCUGAAGUUUUGCAAUACAACCAUUUCAUUUAUGAUGUGAUGAAGUUUAAAAUGUACAAGCAUGAAUUCAAACAUAAUGUGGAAGAAAUUGAUCACAAUAAGGGUAACAAUAACCAGUCUUGUAACACACCAAUAAUAUGCGAUGAAGUUCUUGAUUGUGGUGACCUCGCUGAUCAAUUGCAUCAAUUUGCAUCGAACCAAUGGCAAAGUGUAAUCGAGAUAGUCAAAUCAGUGAAUGGAUUUAUUUCAUUGAUUGAGUUUGCCCCCCUGUCAGAGUACGAAGAUUAUGCAAUAGUACUUGGUCCAACAUUAAUCAACAAUGACGAGCCUACCGGCAAGACUAAUACAAUCAGCAACGUUAUUAAUAGAUCCACUGAAUGGUAUGAUUCCCCUGAAUUGCAAACGACUGUGAAACAAUCAUGGAAUAAAUUGCCACCAUAUGCAUUGUCAUUCUCGGCUGGAUUCUUAUCGGUUGUUUGUAGUUUGGCAGUGUUGACAAAAUACGUGAGACUAAAGGGCAACCCAGAUCUGAAAUGCCUUGUUGUUGAGUUCAUACAAACUGGUGAUGUCAAAGAAUUUCUUGACGUGAAUGUUGAUAAUAUUGAUGGGUUUGAGAAUGCUGCUGAACUAUUUAAUACCUCUGUGGUUUUAAAGCAAGUGUCUACGUUAUGUGAGUUUAUCAAGUUUAAGUUGUCCUACAGCAAUACGGACAUUAUGCAAAGUACAAUUCGAAAGAUGAAUAAAAUUACACAACAUUUGGAAAGUAUUUUAAGUAAUUAG